ACAGUAAGGGCCGUAUCUUUUUGAAGGACACAGUUUCUCUUUCUGAGUUGUUGGAAAGUUGAAUGUUGGUCGUUUUAAAACACGGACUGAAUCGUUCAGCAGUAAAACCCUGAGUUAAAGUUGAACUGAGGACAUCUGCAGGAAACAGCUGUUGAAGUGUCGUAAACAUGCCCCACCCCGCCGGGUUACGUCGUGAGAAGUACCUGCUGAGCACCGGCAUCGUGCGCGUGCUCGAUGAACGCUAUGUGGAGCUCCCAAGGCCAGGACCAGUUCUUCAAAUGCUUGUUACAAACUUGAGGAACCGGCCUCUGUGCAGCUCAGACACUGAGGUCUUGAGUCACUCCAUGUUGAGCCUUUACCACGACCUGGUCACCGGUUCAAAGGACUUCCCUAUGAUUCAGGCCGAAGUGUUCCUUCGUGUUAACUUGUUGACCACACCCUUUGGCGAGCUGGACGUGAGAGAGAACACCAGACCAAUGGAUGGACCAGAUGGUGUGAUGGUGCCUCCUGCAGGCUCCGGCUCUCCCCCUCCGAACAUGCAGACUCCAGUUCUUCCUGAGAGGACAGACCUUGGGACCCUGAUGGCCGACCCUGAUAACUGCGUCACUUUCACGAAGAUUGAUGGCCGAACUAUCAGCAGAGUCAUCUCCACUGUGUUCGACGCUGAUGGCACUGAGCUGACCAACCGCUGGAGAGUAACCACCUACAGCCAGGAUGGACACCUUCUCAUGUCAGUCCUCUGUGGGUUUGUCAGAAAGUCUGCAAGGUAUGCGUACACUCCACAGACACGGAAGAGGAAGAGGGAUUCAGAGGAAGAGAGCCAGUGUCCACCAAAGAAACACUUGAGACUGUGAUGAAGUGCUGAAGCUCUGAUCUAUCCAAUGUUGAUUCAGCAUCUGGCAGGUCCACCAUCUAGAUUAUUGUGAAGACUGGGGGCUGGUCUUUGCGUCUGGCAGGACCAGCACCAAUCCAGUGGUCUUCUACUUUGGCACAUGUACCCACAAGAAGAAGAUGUCUGACUGUGGGUUACAUAUUGUACAUAUGUAUAUAGUUUAUUCCAUCAUGGUGGAUGUUCUCAGGUCAGUGUUUUUGGUGCGUCUUGCACCUUUCUUUCUUUCUUGGAGCUGGCCUGUGUGUCCAACAUGGUGGUAACUUUGAGGGAGGUUUUGAGGACUGUGACUCUUUUUUAAGAAAUUGGACUCAUCACAAAAUUCAGACUGAAGAUAAAGACGGAAAUAGAAGGAUAUAUGCUGCAACUAUUUAAAAAAAAAUACAAAACAAGACAGGCAAGAGGACUGUAGAUCCAGCAAAGAAAAUACAAGAGGAUGAAACAAAGAGGUCUAAAGAAGAAGCAGGAAAACACAGGAACAAGAGCUUUUGGUGUGUCCUUUGUGGAUUCAGCAUCUGGCAGGUUAACCAGGUGGAGUAUCCUGACCCCUGAGGGCUGGUCUAUGCGUCUUGCAGGACCAACACCCAUCCAGUGGUCUUCUACCUGGGCCCAUGUACACCUGCUGAGGGUGACAUAAUGUAAAUAGUUUAUUCCAUCAUGGUGGUGGGACACAGGUCAGUGUUUUUGGUGCGUCUUGCACCUUUCUUUAUUUCUUGGAGCUGGCCUGUGUGUCCAACAUGGUGGCAACUUCAAGGGAACUUUGGGAAUUGUGACUUUUUGUGAAUGAAUCUGGACUCAUCAGAAGCAGCUUUAGCCUCAAAUUUCACCUCAAGAAAGGAAUGAAAGGAUAUAUUACAAAACAACAAAGAGACAACUACAAUACUCAUCCAACAAAGAGAGGAAGAGGAUGAGGACGAUGAGGCUGCUAGAAGAAUACAGAAACAACAAGAAAGAAGCUGGUGAUGAUGUUAACCUGUCCUACACUCCUCUUCCAGUAAACUAGAGCAGCCAGUCAGAAAAAUAAGAGGAGUCCAAUCAACAAGAAAAGAAACAGCAGACUUUGUGAUUCCAUUCA